AUGGCUCCCUUGAAACGUCCCCAGAGACCGGAUAUCUUAACAGCGAACGCCAAGGCUGGGAGCGGAUUGAGUGCCAAACUCCAUCCAUUGCAGCUAUAUGAUUCCGUAUAUCCGGUUCCUCCGGAAGAGGAAAAAAACGUUUGUUCUGGUUCUAUGGAAGACGUGAAUGGCGGUUGGUCGGCCUGGUCAUCAUGGACGGGUGCCUGUUCAGCAGAUUGUGUAGCACUUCGACGAGCCCUUGAGAACAACGCCGGCUCCGAAGUGAUCCCACGACUACGGCGAAUACGAACCUGUAACAAUCCAGCACCACUUAAUGGUGGAGCCUAUUGCUCUGGCGAGGAAGAGGAAUUCCGCUCUUGUAAUCUCACUUGCCGUCUGGAUGGCCGAUGGUCUUUAUGGUCAGACUGGUCACCGUGUUCACCAACCUGUCACCGAUUUCGUACCAGGACCUGCACAUCGCCACCUCCAAUCAAUGGCGGUCGGCCAUGUGUAGGACGUGAACUGGAGACGGUUCCGUGUAGUGAUGAUUACUGCAUUCCACAAUCCGUACCACAACCUCGAUUGGCUAACGAUGCAGCGGUCUACGCUGGUCUGGCUUGUGUUCUGGUUCUGCUGGCCAUCAUAAUGGCUCUGUGUACAGCUCUUCUUUGCAAGCGAAAUCGCAGCAAGAAGGGCAAUGUGAAGAAUAUCUACUAUGCAGAAAACGGAGCUCAUGUUCGACGCGUCCUCCUCGAACAACAACAAAAAGCCUUGCUGACUGACGAUUGUAUAAAGCCGCCACCGAUCGGUUCGCAGUUCUUUUCGCUUGGAAGCACCUGUUCUCCUUCACCUUUACAUCCUUCAAUGACGUUACGAUCUGGAAAAAGUGCUUACAGCGGCUAUUCUGCAAAUCGGAAUGCGGGUUCACGUGCAGCCCUGAUCACGGAAUGCUCGUCAAACUCGUCCUCGGGCGGCGGCAAACGAACACUCAUCCGGACGAGUUCCAACUACUCGGACGACGAAAACUACGCCACCCUCUAUGACUAUCUUGAUGAGAAAGCCGUUGGCUGUCUCGAAUCUUCACAAGCGGUCUUAGCCGCACAGGUCGAUCAAAGCGGUGCACGAUUACAGCUUCGUAAAUGUGGUGCGUCGUUGUUAAUCCCGGAAAACGCUCUGGACUCAGAUAGGAUGAUCUAUUUAGCGGUUUCCGAUCAAAUCACUGACCGACCGAAACUUCAACCGGGCGAAUCAGCCCUGUCAUCGGUUGUAGUACUUGGCGAAUGUGAGGGUGAACCGGCCAGUCCAGCUCGACUACUACUGAAGCCGUUGAUUCUUUCGAUUCGACAUUGCGCUUCAGUGUUCCCACGUGACAACUGGUCCUUCAGCCUGUACGCGGACGAGGGAUUUGGCUGGCAACGGGUGUUGACUGUGGGUGAGGAGAAUUUGAACACGACAAUGUAUGUUCAUAUGGAGAAGCCUGGCCGAGCUGAUGGUGGAAUGGGCUGGUGUCAUGUGAUGCUAGAGAACUUUGCCAGAGUGAUGCUAGCCGGACGACCACGACGGGCUUCAGCCACCGUAUGUAAACGAGUUCACUUGGCCGCUUACGGACCAUCUGAGCGACCACGAACGUCCAGCUUCGAAAUGAGGGUCUAUUGUGUACCAGAGACUGGAGCAGCCAUGGAAAGCGUUGCCAAACAGGAACAGCAUGGACGGCUCCUUGCGGAAUCGGAACAUUUCCUGUUGAACGAGAAAGGAGAUCUUUGUUUCUGUGUCGAAGACGUNUCUGAAGGAUUCUCCACCCGUGGAUCAGCUCUAGUGGAAAUUCCCGACACCCAUCACCAAUGGUGCAGCCAAAAUGGUCUACACUGUUCGAUAACUGUCUGUAGUGAUAUGAAGAGGCCGAUGGAGGAAUUCAUGGCUCGGAUUGUUGUCUAUCAAAAAACAAACAAUGCUGAACGGCACGUGUUACAAGUCCGAUUCGAGAAUGGCAACAUCUAUGAUAAACCACCCGCUGAUGAAAAUCGUGUCGUUACGACGGAUUUCAAUCUCCCCGUCGAAGUGAAGGACGAGUUAUCCCAACUGCUCGACCCUCCUACCGAUCCCGAUCGAGAUUGGCGAGGUCUGGCCAAGAAGCUCCAUACCGACCGGUAUAUCCAGUACUUCGCCACUCGCCCUGGUUGUUCCCCUACUACGUUACUGCUCGAUCUAUGGGAAGCUAGGGAAUGUGGAUCAUUACGAGCCGCUCAUGACCUGUUACAAACGUUGCGGGUAAUGGGACGACCAGAUGCCGUAGCACUAUUAGAGCAGUAUCUUUCACAUUUCUCAUACGUUACCUAA